AUGGCUCAAUCAAUUCGCACACGACUUCUACGCAUGCCGAAAAGAGAACAAGAAAUUCAUGUAAUUACACAUCAACCUGAUCCAAAUGAGUCUUCAAUAAGUACUCCACUUAUGUCUCCUUCAAAUUCUAAAGGUUCACCAAAACAGCUCAGCAGUAGUCGUCAACGUCUUGUAGAACCUGAUUAUGUACCACCACCGACAGCAAAAUUCCUUCGUCCUAAUUCUCCUUGGUUAACUGUACGCCGUAAUUUACAUCGUAUACGACAUAUGGGUUAUGGUGAAGAUAAUGCAAUGCAAAACCUUUAUUUAGGUCUACAAAUGAAACGUGAACUUAAACGUGCUCAAGAGGAAAUAAAAAAUAUUGAUAAACAAGAAAAUUUUCAUCCUGUUAAACAAUUUACUUUAGCUAUUGAUGGCAAAAGUGGAAAAAAAUAUAAUACAAGUCAUGUUAAACCAGAUGAUGCACUUAUAUAUGAUCGUCUUGGUGAAGAACCAUUAGCAUUACAAAAUUUACUUUACUAUUUUAGUAAACAAGAAGUACCACCUGGUACAGUUUUUUGGGAAUUUUUAAAUGAAGUUAAUCAUGUAUUAAACAUGAAAAGAAAGCGAACUGUUCGUAUCCAAAGAUUAAGAAGAUUAGCAUUAACAUUAGCUGUUGUUUUUUAUUCUAUUAUUGGGUUUAUGCUUUUUUUAUUAAUUAUCAGUGUUAUUACAACAGCAACAAAAAUGAACGACCCAGAAGUUCAAUGGCUAGCACCGAGUGUUAAUAAAGGUUCAUCAAAUAUAUUAUUAUGA